UUCCUCGGCGGCGCUAUUGACGUCUCCGCUAAGCCAUCAGAUUUCCCUCUUCUUAACCAGCAGGAUACCGCGUGAGCCGGUAGACUAUCUAAUCUGUGCAUCUCUUCUAGUCUCCUGUUUUUUUCUUACUGUUCAGUUGUUCUGCUCUACACCGAUCGUCGUUGCCAUGGCGAAUAUGCUUCUUGAUCCAAUUAUGGAGGAGAUCAUCAGCGCUGGCUUCCGUUACCUGAAAGAUCAAGUCAGGUGGCAGACAGGCAUGAAGGAGGAGCUGGAAAAGCUGAAAGAGAAUCUCCCCCAUAUCCAAGCUGUCGUCUACUUUGCUUCUAGUCAAGAGCAGAUCACAGAACAAAACCCGGCUCUUAACAAAUGGCUAUGGCAGCUACGAGAUGCCAUUGAUGAUGCAUAUGAAGUGGUUGAUGAGCUGGAGUACAUGGAGCUGGAAGAACAGGUGACCAAAAACAAGAAGCUGAGAAGGGUGCGUUCCAUCAUGAAAUCCAUGAGGAGAAGACUUGUCAAAAUUGCCAAACGUGCUCUCAAAAUUGAUCCCACCUUGAAGCGACUGGAGGAGGCUGUGCAGAAACUUCAUAAAGUUUCAACAACUGGCGUUGAUGCUUUCCUUCAUCUUGUAAAACACGCAAAAAAAGAACUUCAGAAGCAGCAGCUUGAGCUGCACGGAGCACGUGAAACGGGAUCCUUGCCUAAAAAUGAUCUCAUUGGGCGUGGCAAGGAUAAGGAGCUUGUUCUGGAGUGGCUGAGGAAUCCAUCAAAUGAGCAUCGGGGAACUGAUUUGUACAGAAACAUUUCUCUUCUAUGUAUAGUGGGCGAUGGUGGUAUGGGGAAGACAACUCUCUUGCAACAUGUUUAUAAAGAUGAAAUCACAAAGGACUUUGAUCGUAAAAUGUGGGUUUGUGUUUCCAACAACUUUGAUGUGAAAAAAGUCAUUGCAGAUAUGUUCGAAUGUCUUAAGAAUGAGAGGGCUCGUUUGGAGACACUUGUGGCACUUCAAAGGCGUCUCGAGGAGGAGGUGAUGUGCAAAAAGUUCUUACUUGUGCUGGAUGAUAUUUGGGAGGAGGAUGAGGAGAAGAAUAAAAGCAAAUGGGAGGAUGUGCUCGCCCCUCUAGCUUCUGGGGGUUUUGGUAGUAAGAUUCUAGUAACAACUCGAACGGACUCAGUUGCACUGAUGUUUGAAAAGGUAAUUAAAAAGAAGAAGGAAAUAGUUAAAUUAGAGGGGCUAGAGGAAGAUGCGUGUUUGCAGCUCCUCAACUCUCAUGCAUUUGCUGAAUGACAACUUGGAUGAAAGGCAUUGGAGGACAGUUCUGGGAAAGCAAUUUAUUGGAUCAGAAUUCUAUUCAUUCCAUAUUAAGACUGAGCUAUAUAGUUCUGCCAAAUCAUCUACGGAAUUGUUUUGCAUUUUGUUGUAUUUUCCCACAAGAUCAUCAGUUUGAUAAAGUUGAUUUAGUCCGAAUGUGAAUUGCAUUGGGUUUCAUUCAGCUGUCUCAAGAAUGACUAUGGAGGAUAUCGGAGGAAGUUGGAUAUGAGGAAUGCAAGCAAUCUUGUGCCAAUCAGAAACUCCAUUCAUUCGAAUGCGCUCCUUUUAACUCUGGAUGACACUGACGAAUUGUUAGAAAUUUCAAUGAGGAAAGUUUGGUGAGUGGAGAGAAGAAUGGGUAGGAAGCAAAGAAUUCAGGUACUCCAAUGAUUCGAGACAGACAAGAUUUAAUUGCUCUAGAGAGGCGAGGAUGUUCCUCAGCUGCUGGAGCUGAGGAACCAUCAUCUUCACGUAAUUUAUGAAGUGAAGAUAAGCUUUCCAAGGAGGAAGGGAGAGACUAAGGAUUUAAGCUGUUCAAAUUUCCGCUCACAAGAGAUGAACCAACUUUCUAACUUUCAGAAACCACCUUAUUUGGAAAUGAAACCAGCUCAUCAUUUUCCUCAAUACUAAGCUUUUCUAAGGAGGCGAUACUUCUCAAUGGCUCCAUUAGCAACACUGAUGGUUCACUUAUAUUGAGACCGCUGAGUAUGACAUGGCAAUUAUUAGUUGUCUGCACUUCUCGAUGUGGACGUCUUCCGAGAGAUAUCAGAUUGAGGCAAUUUUUAAUUUUCAAGUAUCUUAGUGCUGCGAGUCUUUUGCUAUUUCAUCAGCUAGAGAAAAAGUUGUGAUGUUUUGGUAGCGAGAGACCUCUAAUGUUUCAAGGGGAAUAGAAUUUGAAAUGCUACAAAAAUUCCAAGUCUUCCACCUCAUAAUUCCUAUCUUCAAGCUCUUGAGCUUAGGAGGCAAUUGGGGCAACUCUUUCAACUUCAGGCAGUCAAUUAGCUCCAGUUCAAUUAAGCAAGGAAACAAACAUCCAUCUUCAAUUAAGCUACUCUUUCAACUUCAGGCAGUCAACUCUUAUUGUGCUUCUAUUUAUUUCCUUUGGCGUGAAAGAAACAUGAGAAGGUAUGGUGGCUCUAUCUCCUCUCUGAAUGUUGUUUGGUUUUGAUCAAAAAGGCCAUCAAGGAUAAAAUUAGAUGUCGGAAGAAUUGUGAUAAGUUUUGGACUCAUCUAUGCUAAUUUUCUUUAUCCUCA